CACAGCGAGAAAUAAACAGCGAGAAAUGCGAGACAGGGCCGGACUAGCAGCCGACACAGACAGACAGGGGAGCGCACAAUGAAACCUUUUUUAUCAUUGCCAACUGGUUGCCAUUUCUAUCGUGGUCUUUUUUUUUUAAACAUUUCGUCUAAUUAAUGACACAUAUGAUAACCUAGAGAAAAUUUUCAUUGUCAUCUUCUCAAAAGAUUGUUUUAGGAUGGUUUGAGGUUAGUCAGUCGUUGUGGCUGACAAAGCAUCGUCUUCAUCCUGGAUGUAAUGCAUGAUCUCAUCACAGAGUCUAAACCAGAUCUCUAUAUACUCUGCUUGGAAAAGUUCUUAUCAUCAGUGGAAUGGAAAGAAAGAGCAACAAAAAGUCACUGAAGCUAAAUCUAUGAUCAGCAUGAGUGUCAGUGCGCAGUGCUGGAGUGAUGCGGAAUCAGAUGGGGACAGUGAAUGUGAAAACAUAAUUUAUGGAGCACAGGUAGCUAUUUCACAGGGUAAUUAUGCUGCUGAUCUCUAUUGCCACCCGCAAUUGGACACGGAUGUUGGAGCUGUGAAGGAUAUCUACUCUGAUAGUGCUGUUGGUGUAAGGUUGGUGGAGUAUGAGGCAAUUGAUGACGUAGACAUCGACUUGCACAUCAACAUCAGUUUUUUAGAUGAGGAGGUGGCCUCGGCAUGGAAAGUCAAUAGGACAGAACCUAUUGUUCUACGCCUUCGAUUUUCAUUGUCUCAAUACCUUGAUGGGCCAGAACCGACAGUGGAAGUGUUCCAGCCUUCCUGUAAAGAGAGUUUCAGUGUUGGCGUACAGCUCAAGAGAAUUCUUAGCACAUUUAUAUCAAAUCAAUGGAAACACCUAAGCAAUGAAUUUUUGAAAACGCAGCAGAAGAAGAGACAUAGCUGGUUCAAAGCUGGAGGAACAAUCAAGAAGUUUCGUGCUGGCCUCAGCAUCUUUACGCCAAUAGCCAAGUGCCCCAAUGUACCGCUAAUCCAGGGCCCUGGUGAGAAAGGGAGAACAUCAGGGCCUGAACCAAGAGUAAGUCGCCUCAUGAGCCGCUCAGUCUCCUGUACCAUGAAGAUGCCAAAAGGAGACUUGCUCACAUAUGCACCCAAUGGGCAGAAUGUUGCAGUCCCUGGCUCCAGAUCCACAGUUCAGAUCACCACUAAGCAGCUAAUUGAGCUGUUCUUCUCUUCACAAGCUCUCCUACACUGCAAGAGUAUUCCCACUCUGGAAUAUGGGUUUCUUGUACAGAUUAUGAAGUACUCAGAACAGAGAAUUCCCACCCUGAAUGAGUACUGUGUGGUCUGUGACGAGCAGCAUGUCUUUCAGAAUGGCUCCAUGCUCAAGCCAGCAGUGUGUACAAGAGAGCUGUGUGUGUUCUCCUUCUACACUCUGGGAGUUAUGUCAGGGGCUGUUGAAGAUGUGGCAACAGGAGCUGAGGUGGUUGAUUUGCUUGUGGCAAUGUGCAGAGCUGCCCUGGAGUCAUCUCGUAAAAGCAUUAUAUUCGAUCCCUAUCCAUCAGUGGUUGACCCUUUUGAUCCCAAGGCUUUGGCCUUUAACCCUAAGAAACGAAGCUAUGAUAGGUUGCAAAAAGCAUUGGACAGCAUCAUGUCGAUACGAGAAAUAACACAAGGCUCAUAUGUAGAGAUAAAGAAACAAAUGGACAAAUUGGAUCCACUUGCACAUCCUCUGUUACAGUGGAUUAUAUCCAGCAAUCGAUCUCAUAUUGUCAAGUUGCCAUUAGGCAGGCAACUCAAGUUCAUGCACACUACCCACCAGUUUUUGUUGCUCAGUAGCCCUCCAGCCAAAGAGGCUCGAUUCCGCACAGCUCGGAAACUAUAUGGCAGCACUUUUGCCUUUCAUGGUUCCCAUAUAGAAAAUUGGCACUCUAUCUUACGGAAUGGACUUGUUAAUGCCUCCUACACAAAGCUGCAGCUGCAUGGGGCAGCCUAUGGGAAGGGCAUCUACCUCAGUCCCAUCUCCAGCAUCUCAUUCGGAUACUCGGGGAUGGGUAAAGGACAGCACCACAUGCCCACAAAGGAGGAGCUAGUACAUCAUUUUAACAGAGUGAACACGAUCUCACAGAGUCCCCCAGUGCAGUCAAGGUUUCUUCAGAGUCGAAAUCUUAAUUGUGUUGCUCUUUGUGAGGUAAUAACAUCCAAAGACCUCCAGAAACAUGGGAAUAUUUGGGUGUGCCCAGUUCCUGACCAUGUCUGCACGCGCUUCUUUUUUGUGUAUGAGGAUGGUCAGGUGGGAGAUGCCAAUAUUAACACACAGGAAGCUCGAAUUCAGAGAGAGAUCUUGCGGGUGAUUGGGACACAGUCAAGUUAAAUGUCAAGAUUUGACUUUUUUGAGAAAUUGAGGAAAGACAAAAUUAACCUUGUCAUGGGUUAAUGUCAUUUCUCUGGUCACUUUUGCCACAUUACGGAGUGAUUGUGACAAAGGGAACUUUUGCAUUUUUUAAUAAGGUUGUUUUUUAACCUGUUUUUUACACUUUACAUUCCUCUGAUUACAUACUGUGUUAUGGUCACUGACAUAUUUGAGAAAAAAAAAUCUCACUUAAAUCUCACAUCUCACUUGAAUGUUGCCACAUUCAAGCACUGUCAAUAUGAAUGCACAGGUCACAUUUUGUUACACAUGAUUCUGAAAACCCCUUUCUACCACUGAAGUUGUUGUUUUUAGAUGACAAAGGUGCUACAUUAGAUGACUGCAUAAAAAGGGUGCUAAAGUGUAUAUUUACAGAAAUGGGCUGAUAAAGAUGCUAUAUGAUGACUAAUUAAAAAAGCGGAAGGUAUUAUUCUGUUAAAUUGUGGUAACACCAAUUAUUUAAUUUUAAACUCUUAGAAGUCAGUUUAAGCCAAAGCUGACUAAUAUUAUUUCUUUUCAUUUUUAAUUAGGUUCAAUCAUGAGCUAUUUUUAAUGUGUGAUCUGUUGAUUUUAAUUGUACUGAAGAAAUCAUACUAUAAAAGUGAAAUAACCCUGCUGUAAACUCCAUCAUAAUGUUUCAGAAUCUGAAUAUCUAGGCAAUAUGUGUAGCAUCAAACAUUAAACCUAAAAUCUGUGCUGUACAUCAAAGAGACACCUGCAGUGUUUUUUGUCUUGCCAUUGUACUGUACUGUAUAUAAACAUACAGUGAAUGUGUGAUCAUGUCAUUUUCCUCUGAGGUAAAAAAAAAAAAAAAUCCAUUGUGGUCCUGGAAAAUAUUUGUACGGAAAUCUUUUUUAAAUAAAAUAAA